AUGGAUCUCCCCGAGUUGCAGUCACAGCUGACAGAAUGGCUCAACGAGGCGGCCACGGCCUUCCAGAAGGUGCCCGGCUCGGCCGUGCUGAUCCGCUACGUUCGAUCAAGCUACCAGAACGACCCUGUCCGCUCUGCCAUUGAGCUUGUUCUGGUCAUCUUUUUUAUUCGCUACCUGCUCGCGCCAUCGUACUCGACCUCGAAGCAAAACUUUAUCAAGCUCACCGAAGAUGAAAUCGACGAGCUUGUUGACGAGUGGGUGCCCGAGCCGCUCGUGGCACCGCAGACGGCUCUCGAAGAGGCCGGGAUGGAGAGGCUCCCAGUUCUGGUCGGACCGACGGGACCCAAGUCUAAGCUCGCAAACGGGAGGACAGUAACAAACCUGGCCUCGUACAACUUCUACAACCUAAACGCCAACGAGCAGAUUAAGGAGAAGGCGAUCCAGACGCUGCGCGCCUACGGAGUCGGGCCAUGCGGGCCGCCGCAGUUUUACGGCACCCAAGACGUGCACAUGAAGACCGAGGCCGACAUCGCCUCGUUCGUUGGCACCGAGGGCUGCAUAGUCUACGCCCACGCCUUCUCCACCAUCUCGAGCGUUAUCCCGGCCUUUUGCAAGCGCGGCGACAUCAUCGUGGCCGACCGCGCCGUCAACUAUUCGAUCCGCCGCGGCCUCGAGAUCUCGCGCAGCAACAUCAAGUGGUACAACCAUGGCGACCUCGACGACCUGGAGCGCGUCAUGCGCAAGGUGGUUCAGGAGCAGGCGCGCAAGAAGCUGACACGGCGCUUCAUCGUGACCGAGGCGCUCUUCGAGACGAUUGGCGACUGCAACGACCUGCCGCGCCUCAUUGAGCUCAAGGAAAAGUACAAGUUCCGCAUCAUCCUCGAUGAGACGUGGUCCUUUGGCGUGCUGGGUCGGACGGGCCGCGGCCUGACCGAGGCCCAGAACGUCGACCCGUCACAGGUGGACAUGAUUGUGGGCUCGCUAGCCGGUCCGCUGUGCGCGGGCGGUGGCUUCUGCGUUGGGCGCAAGGACGUGGUGGAGCACCAGCGCCUCACGGGCGCCGCCUACACGUUCUCGGCUGCUCUGCCGGCUAUGCUCGCCAUGGCGGCCAGUGAAAGCCUGAACGUGCUCCAGUCCAACCCCGAGAUCAUCCUGCAGUGCCGCGAGAACAUCCGGCUCAUGAAGGCGCAGCUCGACCCUCGCAGCGACUGGGUCAUGUGCACUAGCGCGCCCGAGAACCCGGUCAUGAUCAUCGUACUGAAGCCCGAUGUGGUCAGGGCGCGCAGGUUGGCAGUCGAGGACCAAGAGCGGCUGCUGCAGGAAUGCGCCGACGAGAGUCUCGCCAAUGGAGUCAUGAUCACGCGCCUCAAGGGCACGCCCAUCUCUGCUAACACGGCUCUCAAGGACGGCAACUGGACGGUACAGCCGGCGCUCAAGGUGUGUGUGACCUCGGGACUGUCCAAGAAGGACAUCGAAAAGGCCGGGGUCACUAUUCGGCACGCUAUCACAAAGGUCAUGACGCGCAAGACCAACAACAAGCUCGGUCUUCCGGGAUCUUAG